ACUCUGGUGAUUAAUAACUGCGCAGAUUUUGACGUUAAUACAUUAUCACUAAAUAAAAUUACAAACACUGAGUGUCUCUUGCUUGCAAAUAGCGUAAAAAAUAAUCUUGAAAAUGUCAGGAGUACAUAGAAAAGGUCAAAAACUCCAUAAAAAUGCUUUAAUGAUACGUAGACGUGUUUCAAGUUCAUUCUCUAAAAAAUCGGAUCCAGAAAAACGUUUAUCAAAAGCAACGAUUCGUUUAAUUGAUGAAUCUGGUAUAGAUUUAACACCAUUACCAUUAUUAAGUGAAGAUAAACGAAUUCGUGAUGAAAAAGAUACUAUGAGUGCUGAUAUCUCUCAAUCAUCAAAUCUUGGUGGAAGUAGUUUACAUAUUACAAAUCCUUUUACAUUUACACGAUCUUAUAUAAGUGGAUCAAGUCCAACUGGUGAAUCACAUUCAGAGACUAGUGAAGAACAUGAUCGUUAUCAAACAUUUACGGAAGUUAAAACACUGAUACAACCAAAUCAAGAAAUUUUAACUGAAAUUGAUUUAAACAAAUUAGUCAAUAUAAUUAUUGCUGAAACAGAAACAUUUUGGAUAUUUGAUCAACCGCCAAAAUUUAUUCCUGAAGAUUCAAUUCAAUCAGAAGAACAAUUAAAACAAAAUGAAAUUUAUAAAACAUUAAUCACAUCAAAAAUUGGUAAUGAUCGAUUUAUUGAACGGGGUAUGAAUACAUUUAGUUUACCAUUAAUUAAUAAAUUAAUUCAAACGGAAUGUAUCAACUUACAAGAUAAAUCAUGUAUGGCUAGUAACUGGGAUAUAAUGGAUACAUAUGAGAAAGAAAUAAAAAAGGAAGAUCAAGAAGAAGAAACAAAAAGAAAAGUGUUAACAGAUAGAAGGAAAGUCGGAAUCGAUUUAAACAAGAACAAACUUGACACUUCAAUAAAAUCUAUAUUGAAUGGAAAGAAUAUUCUAUUACAAUCAGAUGACGGUGGACCAUUAGAAAGUACUGGUUCAUUAAUUGAUAGUUUAAUUAAUGGGAAAACUAAAACAAGUCAAGGAUAUGGAUCAACUCAAUAUGCAACAAAUAAUACAAUGAAUACUAAUUCUGAAUCAGAUCUUACGUUUAUUCAUGACAGCUCUAUAACUCAACUCAAUCAAUUAACCAAUGAAUUAGGAUUACUUGAGACUCCAAAAAUGAAAAAUGAUUUGAAUAAUAUGGAACGUGCAUUAAAUAUCAAUAUAUAUCGUGAUAAAUUAUUCAAAUAUCAAAGUUUACUUUUAAAGGAAUGUCAAUCCAAUAUGGAUUCAUGCAAUACAAUGAAACUAAGCCCUGAAAUUAGUCAAACAUUAACAAAUGAUACAUCAAAUAAUGUUCAUUUAACUGGACAUGAAUCCUCUAUGUCAAAAGUGUCCAUGUCUACAUUACCAAUAAGAUCAUCAAUCGAAACAACAAUAAGAAAUAUGGGAAGUGUAAAUUCAACUAUUUCUACAUUAAAUGAUAAUAGUACUACAAUAAGAUCAAGUGAAUCAUUUAAAACUAAACAUACUAUCAGUCCACAAAUACCACAUGUUAUUCCAUUAUGGCGUUUUCAAUGUGCGAUGACUAAGGGUCAUAAUAUAUCAGAUAUGGCAUGGAAUAAACAAAAUCCAAAUAUAUUAGCUGUUGGUUAUGGACAAUUCGAUUAUGAUAAUCAACAGAAAGGUUUAGUAUGUUGUUGGUCAUUAAAACUUAUUGAAUAUCCUGAACGUUAUUAUAAAACACCAAGUAGUGUAACUGCUAUUGGUUGGUCAAAAAUUCAUGCUAAUUUAUUAGCGGUUGGAAUGUUUAAUGGUGUAGUUUUCAUAUAUGAUGUAAGGAAAAAUGAUCCUCUCCCGGUCAUUGAUACCACGCAUGCUUCAGGAAGACAUUUAGGACCUGUACGUAAAUUACAAUGGAUUUUUAAAGAAUCAGGUUUAGCGGAAAAUCUACAAGAAGUUUUGGUAACAGUAUCUAAUGAUGGUCGAGUAACUCAAUGGUUUAUACGUAAAGGUUUUGAAAGUGCAGAUCUGAUGGUUCUUAAACAAACAUAUUCAAAUGUUCUAACAACGAUGAAUACAUCUCAAAGAAACGAAGCUUUAAUAUCACGAACAGCUUUUGCAACGAGUAUGGCUUUUAAUAAACGUGAACUAAAUAUUUACGUUGUUGGCACUGAAAAUGGACCUAUUUAUAAAUGUUCAUAUUCUUAUAAUGAACAAUAUUUGGAUACUUAUAUUGCUCAUAGUGCAUCAGUUUAUCAAAUAGAAUGGUCACCAUUUGUACCAGAGAUAUUUCUUUCUUGUUCUGCUGAUAUGACUAUAAGAUUAUGGCAUUUAGAUUAUCAAAAACCAUUAAUUACUAUUCAAAGAAAUAUGACUACAAUUCCAUCAAUUUCUUGGUCACCUCAUAAUUCUUUAAUAUUUGCUUCAAUCGCUGAAGGUGUUCUUGAAAUUUGGAACUUAGAUUAUUCAACUGUUGAUCCUUAUAUUUCGGAGACAAUAUCCACUGAAGCAAAUAUGACAAGUGUUCUAUUCUCUGAAACUAGUCAAAGUGUCCUAAUUGGUGAUGAUCAAGGUACAGUUCAUGUGUAUACUUUAAUAGAUUUCCCUUAUUCAUUAUCAACUAAAUCAGAACAGGUAAGACAUUUUAUGUAAAGUACAUUCAUACAUUUUUGUAUUUUAUAAGAUAAAUUGUGCAAAAUUUGAAUUUCUAUGUUUUAUGGUAAAAGAUAAUCAUCAUCAGUUGAAUUGAAUUUACCUCAUUAAUUUUGUUUUAGUUAUGCAAUGAAAGAAUGAAGUUGGGAUGUUUCAUUUACAACACUAAGAAAAUCUGUACACUGUGAUAAUAUUAUAACUUGUGGCCUAUGUGCCCCUGCUAAUAUAUAACGUAAUUACACUGCCAAUUAGAGAACAGUAAUUUAUCGACCGGUCCAAUGACGCAUUAACCUGUACGAGCAGUUUAGAGUCUUUAUCGGUUCUACUUUCCGCCUAGCCCUAACUGUUUGAGUCCAGAACACCAAUCCGAGCCUCUGCAAUAUAAAUCAUUAUAUUUCAAACAUACUAAGUUUAUAUACCAAUCAAACAAACCACACCGUACCAUAAAAUAGAAAAUAACAUUUGAACAGGAUUUGGCCAAAUGUGGCUGUGAAUAAGGGAGGUAGUGAAUUACAAACAGAGAAUAAUUCAAGAAUGGCAAAUCGUAUAAUAAUAGUUCUUACGUCAAACUGAAGCUUAUGAUAAGAGGGACACGAAUAUGAAUAGUUUAGCUAUUUAAUAAUUAUACGAUAGAAUAUGCGUAUAGUAUUGGUCAACAAAUGGAUCCCAAAAAUUACCACUCAUUAUUCUUCUCCGGACAUAACACCUUUUUAAAUAGCUCGGGUUUUUUGAAGGACGAAAGUGUCUUGAAGUUGUCUGGAAGUCUGUUUGACUCAUGAAUAAAACGUCUUAUUGUGUUUUUCCUGUAAUCCAUCUGGUAGCUUAUUCGAAGUGACAGAAAACUUAUGUAAAAAGAACUUCCGUUGUAUGCCGGAUCUAUGAUGAAUUACUUCGGCUAGCCCAGUAUGAUUUCCUAGUUUAAAAUUGGGUAUAUCGGUAAAGCCUAAUAUUAGGUUUGAAGAGUGUAAUUACUGGUGUACGAGCUCGAAAUAAUAUGUAAGAUUAGACCCGAAUCUGCAGCCCUAAUGUAUCACAUCGUGCAAAGUAACUCUGUUCACGAUACAUUUAUAAGGUCUUUCUUGUGGAGUACCUCUGUAUUCCUUUGAUUUUCAAAUUGUUGCUUAUACAAAGGCUACCGACUAUUGACGGAAAAUAUUCAGGCACUAUGCAGACACAGAAUUUAUAUAGUAUGCUCCUAACAUCACACGUAAAAAUUACGAACUAUACAACACAUAGUUUUACUUGAGUACAAUCUGAUUGACAUGGUUCUAGGACAGUAUUGCAUUCGUAUAUUAUUAUGCCAUUCACUUCAAACAGAGGUCUAGGUUGCUGCGUCCGAUACUAAUCCAGCUGUACAUUUUAAUAGUAAAAAAUGCUGCUACCAUCUAAAAAAUAGUGUGGCCUUGCUUAAUUUCCGAUUUAUAGAAUUACUCGUCCUUUGUACUUCAUCUCUGUGAAAUGGGUACACUACCUUCAAGUCAUCGGCAUACAAAAAAGUACAUCGGAAUAUAAGGCCACAAAUAACGGUGGUGUGUAUCACGGAGGAAAGAGAAUAUAUUACAAACACUAGCAACCAUCUUACGUGCUGAAAACUUUGAGUUUACAUCUGCAGUGUGGUAUCGAUCAAAGAAUGACCUAAACUUGAUGAAUAAAGUGUCGCGGAUACUAGAAAUGGUUGCAGUUUAUCACACUCAGUUUGUAGUAUCUAGUGAUAAAUUCUCCUAAAAGAUAAUCAUAACAAUUGCUAGUCAUCAGAAAUAUUCCAUCUAAUUAGGCUUCUCAAAGCUUCGUCAACAUCUCCUCCUCAAAACUCUACAUCACUAACAUUUCAUCAACAAACAUUCCGCUUGAUCAUCCAUGCAUAUAUGUACAUCAUAGACUCAUAUAACAUGCAAAUGCUGUCAAUUUACAUACACUAUAUACUAUAAACAAAAUCCUCAAGUUGUCUCGUUUCCUCACCCUAACUGUCGGUGAAGCAUAGAUCUAGUAGCACGAUAGAUAGUGAUUGGUGAAUUUUCCGUUUGAAUACAUUACAGAUUAAUCAGAAAUGAUGUGGGGUAGUUGUUGGACAACAUACAAAUACUACCAACUAAAAUUGUACUACUUAUUCUUCUCAGUAAGUAGCUUGAAAAACAUAACUGUACUUUUUCAUUUCAGGCCUCUCAACUCAGUCAAUUUCUCAAAACUUGGUUGAAUGAUCUCCCGUGAAAUACCAAUACCAUGAAUCGACGACUUGAAUCAACAUGUCUCUUACAGAAUGUUUUGGCACAUUGACAUUUCUCAAUCAUUUUUGUUGUUCAGUAAUAAACGUAUCUCAUUAUUAUGCAAAAUGUUUUCUUCUAAUAAUGAAAAGAAUAAACAAACUAUUUCACACUGUUG